GACGCUAGCUGCAAAAACGGAGACACGACCGCAAGCAGCGUGCAGCGCCCCAGAGCAGCUGCAGACACUGACAUCAAUACUACGGAUCGAUCGCGCACGCGUGCGGCAGCUGUGAGGAGCACACCGGCAACUGCACCAAAGUGGCAGCGAUGCGCAGCAACCGCGACGCAUUACUCGUCGCCGCUGGCGCCGCGGGCGGCGCCGCACUAGCAGCAUUAUUAAGACCAUUCGUAAUAGCGAAGCUCAGAGAAAGAUUAUACAGAGCGCGCUUCGACCAGCACGCCUCUCGGUCACCAAUUCUCUUGAGAAUAUUACGCCUCCUAACAGCAGAUGAAACGCGCCUGAAGGAUCAAAUAGCAGUGAAGCGAGACCUACCGCCGGCCGUGGUGGACGAGAUGCUGAGCAGACACGAAGCGUUUUUCGGCCGCGACGGGCACGCAAAAGUAAGAAACGCGAGGGUGGCGGUCUUCGGCGCCGGCGGCGUCGGAAGCCACUGCAUUGUUAUGUUAAUGAGGGCCGGCGUCAAGGCGGUGAGGAUCGUGGACUUUGAUCAGGUGUCGGCGUCUUCUUUGAACCGACAUGCAGUAGCCACUUUAGGGGAUGUGGGCGAGUCGAAAGUACAAUGUCUGAAGCGCUUCGCCGAAAGUUGCACGCCCUUCGUCGAAGUCGAUCCUAUAGCGGAGAUGGUGACCGCCAAAAAUGCUCAUCACUUGCUACGAGACUUGGCCGGUGACAAAUUAGACCUCGUUAUCGACUGCAUCGACGACGUCGAGACCAAAGCAUCUCUGUUAAAGGCGUGCGGCGAAAAGCAAAUAAAGGCGCUGGCGGCCAUGGGGGCCGGCGCCAAGGCCGACCCGACGCGCUGGUGCGUCGCGCCUUUGAGGGACGCGAUCCACGACCCCCUCGCGACGAAGCUGCGGUGGGUUUUAAGGGGCAAGGGCGUGGACUACGGCGGCGCUGAAUUAGCGUUGGAUCCGUCGAAACGGGCGGAGUCGUCUCCAGCUCUAGACGUGACGUGCGUCUACAGUCACGAGCCGCCCCGCUGUACCUUGCUACCGUUGACCGACGAGCAGGUCAAGGAAGGUGCUAAGAACUUCGGCGCCGUCGAUGUCGACCACUUCCGGGUGAGGGUGUUGCCGGUGCUGGGGGCGGCACCGGCCAUGGCUGGUCAUGCGUUAGCUGCCACAGCUCUUUGUUCAUUGGCGGGGCAGCCCGUCUGCCCCAAAGUCUGCGAGCCCACUUCGAAGAAGUUACGAGAGAAGAUGCUCAUGGCAUUUCGCAAAAGGGAGGCGCGGCGGGAACUCGGUGAUUCAGCGAGGCCCGAUGCCUGUGAUUGGUUGGAUCUGCAACCUUCCGAUAUAGAGUUCAUCGUGAAUGAUAUUUGGAGGGGUCGUUGUGCGGUCUCUAGACGGAAGCUCGAUCGGAAGCCGCUGUGUUUAUGUAGAUGGUACACGUCUCGACGGUUCGCGGACAAAAAGCACUGUAUAGGUGCGGACGCCGUCGUCUUAAUGGCGCCGCCUUUAGCUGAUCAGCUCGACGCCGCCCUCAAUGAAAAUCCAUCACGGGAAACCGCGGUCGCUGUUGUUGGUGAGGAUGCCGUUUCACUAAUAGACGCGCGGCUGCGGUGGGUCCAUAGUGUCGCGGGCGGGGCCUGGACGAGCGCGGGCCCGUGACAUUGCCGCGCCGGCGCCGUCUUGUGGUGGCGGCCUGCGCGGGUCGACUGCGUGGCGCGUCGCGGCGAUGGCGUAGAGCUCAUACGCCAUCGACGCAAGUCUAACUAACUUUAACCUGGUAUAUGUCACGCACACU